UAGCUAAUGAAACAUGAAGCGGUGUCUGUGUACCUGCGUCCAUUUAUGAAAAACUGACUUUAUAACUCACUACAAGACAACACAAUGGAUGUACAGCUUGUAUUUUAAAGGACUUACACCACUCGUGAUUUUACCGACCCAGUGACCAUCAACAUAAACUUUACAAUGCCUCGGAAAUGUUGCAGUAAACUUUCAGGAAUAGCUAGCUAAAGCUACUAGCUAGCUAAAGUUACCAAGUUUAACAGGUUAGCUUGUCAACAACUUUAAUAAAUAAUGGAGGACGGUGCAGAAGCCUCUUCCGAGGUUCCCUCAAAUGUUCUGAAGACACCAAACGAAGAACUGAAGAAACUUUUGUCUUUUAAAGUUUACAAGAGGAGGUGGUUUGUUCUGUUGGUGCUGUGUCUGUUAAACUGCUCCAAUGCAACGCUAUGGCUGACCUUUGCACCAGUAGCAGACGUGUCUGCCAAAUAUCUGAACGUCACUCUGCAGGAAAUAGACUGGUUGUCGUUGGUUUACAUGGUGGUGGCCAUACCGCUCAGCUUUGGGACAACGUGGAUGCUGGACACCCUCGGGCUACGGAUCACGCUGAUUCUGGGAGCCUGGCUGAACAUGUUCGGAGGUCUGGUGCGCUUCUUUGGGGAACCUGCGGAACGGCAGUUUAAAAUCCAGUACCCUGUAGUGAUGUUGGGUCAGACCCUUGGUGCCAUCGCUCAGCCCCUCAUCAUUUUCACUCCCACCAAGCUGGCUGCUCUCUGGUUCCCUGACCACCAGCGUGCCACAGCUAACAUGAUCGCCUCCAUGUCCAAUCCGCUGGGCAUCCUACUCGCUAACAUCAUCUCUCCCAUGAUGGUUAAAACACCUACACAGAUCCCAACCCUGCUGAUUGCCUACGCGGCCCCGGCAUGCAUCAUCUGUUUCCUAGCAACAGUGGGGAUACGGAGCAGCUCCCCCCCUACGCCGCCUUCAGCCAGUGCCGAGUCAUCCGGCUCGGAGCCGUUCGUACAGGUGAUAAAACUGUUACUGAGGAACAAAGCCUACCUCAUCCUGCUGCUGUGCUUCGGUUCGGGCAUCGCUGUUUUCACCUGCUUCUCCAUGCUGCUGCAACAGAUCCUCUGUGUGCACGGAUACACCAAUGAUUUCGCUGGCAUUUGUGGCGCUCUCUUCAUCGUGUUUGGCAUCGUGGGCGCCGGUGCUCUCGGUCUCUACGUCGACAAGACCAAGAAGUUCACGGAAGCCACAAAGAUCAACAUGUGCUUCACUGCUCUUUCAUGCAUCGCCUUCUCAGUGGUGUCCCUGAUGCCGCAUCAGAAAGCCGCCGUGGCCGCCGUCUGCUCUGUUUUUGGCUUUUUCGGUUUCUCUAUUUACUCGGUGGCCAUGGAGCUGUCUGUGGAGUGUUCAUAUCCCGUUGGAGAAGCAACAUCAGCCGGACUCAUCUUCAUAUCGGGACAGGUUCAGUCUAUUCUCUACAUGACCCUCCUUCAGGCUUUAACCAAACGGCUCGCAGACUCUCCUCUGUCAACCUGCGGGGGUGCAGUCCUGAGCUGGAAGGUGCCGAUUCUUGUGAUGGCAGGACUGUUGAGUUUCUUCACGUGCUGCUUCGUGAUCUUCUUCCACACGCGGUACAGACGACUGGAGGCCGAAGAACAAGCCACUUAUGGGACCAGAGAAAGCAGCGUCUCGACAGUCUCUGAAAGCGUUCCGAGUGUGGAGAAGUGACCGUCUUCAGAGGCUCGGGACGAGAGACAACAACGCAGAAAGGGUUAUGGUCGUGGUUACCUCGUUUAUAGCUUUUCAACCG